AUGGCUACAACGAAGAUCCGAUGUCUAGCCGUCAUCUCGGCAUCGAAUGCUCCCCUGUACCUGCGCAGCUUUGGACAGAAAGACACGCAACAGGCAGAUCUGCGCUUCCACUUCAUUGCCCAUGGAGCCCUCGACAUUGUAGAGGAGAGGGCCGGCAAUCGAGCCUCAGAGCAGUACCUUGGCCUCCUUCUUACCUUGGAAGACGUAGCCGUAUAUGGCUUCCAAACAUCGACCCGUGUCAAGUUCCUCGUCAUGAUCACCAUCUCAGACGCCAUUGUGCGCGACCUCGACCUCAUCACGAUCUUCCGCGCAAUGCACACCUCUUACCUCUCGCACAUCUGCAAUCCUUUCCAUUCCCUGCCGCAACCUCUCCUCCCCUCCAAGUCCAACAUUCCACCACCACCUCCCUCCGAAGCCAGUCUGGCAGCCAGUCGCAAACCCAUCAGGAGCCCACUCUUCGAGAGGAGAAUGGAAAAAAUUGCUGGCUGGAGAUCACCAGACGACGCAGCCCCGCGACCGCCCCCGAAGCCUGCUGCUGAGGCUGCCCAACUCCCAGCCGUACCGCCACCGCCAGCGCCAAAGGCGUGAAAGUUGCAAGUCGAUCUUAAUCAAUCUAUACCCUUUUGAAAGCCCCCUCACCACAGUUCGCACCUUCUGGUCUCAUGCCACUGCUUCCUUUAUCCCGGCAAAAGGUUCAAGUACCGUCCCUUGCUCGCUCAUCCCACGCGCAAGGUCGACUGGUGCUCACGAAGGCCAAAGUGCAGCGGGAGCCGUCCUUGCUCACUCAGCUUGGCCACUCGAUAGAGCCUUCACGGGCUUACCGAAGGGGCUGGGCGAUGACGAUGGCGGUAUGACGCGCGCCGAGGCCUUGUCGUUGAUGAACCAAGAAGACAGAGUCGUCGUCGAGACGACUCAGGGCGAUCCUUUAGAGCUCCUCGACCAAGACCUCGAGACGGGAGGGCACAGAUAGUCGUCGUACAUGCGUGAUACUGUAGUGCAAGCAAUCGUAAUGGAACUCUCUUGUGAGCACGUCUG